AUUCGAAUUUUCGGUUUCGCUUUUUCUCAUUAUGAAUUCUCUUUACAACUUAACGUCUUUUGAUUCUUUAUAUAACUGUUCACCGUCUCAAUAUCAAUUAAAUCAAUAUCAAUUACAAUAUCAACAAGCUAUACCAUCAACUAUAUUGACCUCUAAUCUUUUUGACCAAUCUCCACCUUCUCCCUCUUCUCCUACAGAAGCAGUUGCUAUAGCUUACGCUCAACAACACGCUUGCAACAAUAAUAGUUCACCGCAUCAUAAAGUUUUUCAAUCACAACAGGAACAAAUUCAUCAAUCAGAUAUUUAUAUUCCUGCAACUGAUUAUCCUUCUCCUCGCAUAGACCCUUACGAUUCGACUAACUUAGACGGAAUAAUGACAGAAAAUUCUCAAGUUACAACUUCUUCUCCCCCUUCAUUCUCAAGUGAAUUACAUGAUACCAAACCGGUGACUAUUAGUGGAGGUCAUGGAAGCCACGAAGCAUAUCCUUCCACUCCUACAACAUAUGCUUCAGCUUCGUAUCCCGCAUCUACAGCACCCACCACUACGGCCUACCUUACUCCUGGAAAUGAAACUACUACAGGAUCUGUAGGUUAUGAUCGAAAUGGCAUGCAGCAUCACGGGACCGGCUUUCCGCCAGGAUUGCCACCAACGCCACAAGAUUAUCCUAUCUCGAUGGGAAGGUACUCCAAUGGUAAUAACUUGGGAUUGCCACCUAGCUCAAAUGGGAACACUCCAAAGUCAUCACCAGGACAACAAAGGCCUUCAGCCGUCCCAACGCCUCAAGCCAUGAUGACCACCUUCAGUUCGAAGACCGUUUCCUCAACUCCAAAAAGGUACAAGUGUAAUAUUUGUCAAAAAAGGUUCACUAGACCAAGUUCUUUGCAGACACAUAUGUAUAGUCACACUGGAGAAAAACCCUUUAAAUGUCCAAUUGAGGGAUGUGGUCGUCAUUUCUCAGUUGUUAGUAAUCUUCGCCGCCAUCAGAAAAUUCACACGAGUAAUCGUUAGGAAUUUUCCUAGCAAACAUAACACACACCAAGCAUUACAUGAAAAAAAAAAACCUAAAGAUCAUUUCAAACCGCGAAUUUUUACCAAAUACCAUUUUGUAACUUGAUUUAUUAUUGCACAAGACGAAAUAAUGAUGAUAGUCCCGUAAUUAUUCAAAAUAUAACGUAACCAUCCAACCUUUGCGGUUUAUUUUUCUUUUUUUUUUUCCUUUUCUUUUUUUUCUUUACUUUUCAUAUUCUACUAACCUCUUUGUAUAUGAGUUGUACGUAAUUCGUCUAAAAAAAAAAACAAAAUAGAGAGAAAGAUUUGUCGAUUUCAACAAAAAAAAAAAAAAAAAAAAA